AAUCUCUUAGUUCUUGACGUUCUCCUUACCUCCUCCUCCUCCAUCUUCUCUCUACAGACAAAGGAACAAUCCAUAAGGUGGUGGAGUCAAACCAUGGUGCCUUUAACAUCAUGGAGAUCCAGCCCUUCCGUCACCAUCCAGCCAUCAUCCAGUCCAUGACCCUGGACAGUACUACGAUGAAACUGUAUGUGAACUCUCAGUGGGAGGUCAGCCAGGUGCCCCUAGACCUAUGCAGCGAGUACCGAGGGGGCUGCCAGGGUUGCCUGAUGGCCCGGGACCCUUACUGCGGCUGGGAUGACGUGAAUGGCCAAUGUGUCUCCAUCUAUAAGUAUAAAGGCCCUGUAUUACAGUCUCUGGGUCCCAAUGAGCCACAUACAGAGUGUCCAUCAUCUAAAUCAGAGAAGGGCUCCGGCCAGGCGCAGAGCGUCACUCUGGCCCGGAAUUCCCGCUACUACCUGACGUGCCCCGUGGAGUCCCACCACGCCACGUACUCCUGGCACCACGGAGACAAGAAGGUGCAUCGCUGCGAGCCCGGCUGGCAGAACUCUGACUGCAUCCUUUUCAUCGAGAGGCUCACCGACGAGCAGUACGGCCUGUACCGAUGCAAGGCCGAGGAGGGCUCCUACAGCCGCAUCGCCGUUCAGUGGGAGCUCCGCAAGGAAGCCACCGCCGAGCACCUGCUGAUGGGCAAUGAUGCGGGGGGCCUCGACGCCCUGCUCUGUCUCAGGCUGCUGUUUGCUCUCCUCGUUUUCCUCCUGUUUCAAUAAGGAUCCCUCCUCGACCCCCUUCCCAGCAUCUCCUCCUUCUCAGGAUGUGGGCUGCCGUGGCUCGCUCCUUCCCUCUUCUGACACUUUUGGGGAGACGCCCUUUGCCCCCCACCCCUCCAGGUGCCUCUCACAACUGCUACAGGCCCAAGCCUUGCCUUUACCCCUGGGGGCCAGGGCUAGGGGAGCAAAGAGCUUCUCCCCCACUUUUUUCAGGGGAAUGAACAUUUCUGAGCCAUAGGUCUGCUUGGGAGGCAUGGUGGGGUGGGGGGGAAAGGACUUGGGACUUAAGGAGAAGGAUCCGGUCUUGGGUGCACACGGGUGCUGGGCUUCUGAAGAGCCUGCCCCGAGGGUGGUGGUGGGGGGGGGCACAGGGAGGUGAUGAAUGUAGGGGAUGAGAAAAACCAAUGAAGGAACAAGACUGUCAGGGGGUUAUGGAUCAUCCCCCAGGACAGGAUCCCUUUUAAGAAUGUUUGAAUGGAAAAAAAAAAAAAAAGCAAUUUUUCACUCAAGGGAAGACAUCUUCUGGGGGUCCCAAAGGUGGAAAGUAAGGAAACAUCCACCAGAAGAGAAUGGAGGGGAUGCAGGGAACAGAGCUGGAGCUGGGGUAGGGGCUGGAGGAGCCUGAAAUAUUCUCCCCUAAGGGCCAAGGGGAAGAGUUUGCCAAAGGUGAAUCUUACUGGGAAACUAUUGACUAUGCAUUGGAUGUGUAUGGGCGCGGGGUGGGCAGGGAAUGGGCAGAAGGGGAGCCACCCCCUCAGUUCGAGCCCUGGCACCUGGCCUUGCCCUACCUCCAUGGUCCUCCUGUGCCCUGGCUGCCAGCGCCCGCCUCGGAUCCAUCUUGCUCUUGCCCAGAUCUCUCCCCUCUGGGGGGCUCUUUACCAACGGGCCCAGGGCGAGCUGAAGCAUACCUACGGGAGUUGGGGCUCUCCAGAUGUCCUGGGUGGAUCCCUUCCCCUUUGGCUUGGCGAAGGGGAGGACCUUGAAGCUUGCAUGUUUAUCUAGGGAUGUUUCCUUUCCUGCAGGAAAGGGCUUUAUUUGUAUUUGUUUAGCUUAUUUUAAGUUCGACAAACUUCC